AUGCAGCUGCUACGACCGUCGCCGAAUCAUGAUCGGUUGGAAGUGGUUCAGUCCACUUUGGAUGUGUUGGAGAGAAUACAGCAGCCCGUGGCUUUCGUGGCUGUAGUCGGUCCUUACCACGGGGGCAAGUCCUUCCUGCUGAACGUGCUGCUCAACUCCACGCGCGGCUUCCCAGUUGGCACGCGUCCAGACCCCGAGACCCUGGGGCUGUGGGUGCGCAUAGUACCCCCUCACCGCCUGCAGGCGCGGGACGGAGCGGUGGUGGUGCUGGUGGACUCGGAGGGGCUGUAUGGGGACGGCGCUUCACGGGCGUAUGACGCCAAGCUGUUUGCUGUUGCCACGCUGCUGUCGUCCCAUCUCAUCUACAACACCCUGCGCACACUCGGUGACGCGCAGUCAGUUGCAGCAUUGGCGGACCUAGCGAAGCAGGCACAUGUGUUCAACCUGCAGAACUGGCUGCACUCAGGAGGGUGGGGUCCCGCUCACGCCAAUUCUGCUGCUGCUGUUGCUGCUCAUGGAGCUGCCGCUGCUUCUGCUACUGCUGCGGCUGCUGCUGGUGCUGAUCCUGCUUCUCCUGCUGCUGUUUCUCCUGCAGCAGCAGCAUCCCAUCUGCCUGACCCACGGCUUCUGCUGCAGACUCUCACCUUCCCUCCCCUCACCUGGGUGGUGCAAGGCUUCGACCUCGACCUGCAGCAGCAGGAAGACUCCCCUUCACCCCACUCCACCACACCCCACUCCGCCUCCUCCCACUCCACCUCCUCCCACGCCUCCUCCUCCGUCUCCCCCAUGGUGUACCUGCAGCGCUACCUAGCAGCGCACGCGCGCACAGGAGACCAAUCUCUAGAAACCCUCUUCACACAGGGUAUAGCGUGCCUCGCUGUGCGCACGCCCACGGAUAUCAACAGGCUCCGGGAGGAGGUGGGCGGGGCGGGGCUGGGCGCUGCUGAUGUGGAGCUGAUGUCAGCGCUGCAUCCAGGGUACCUUGCUGACGUGGCAGCCGUGCGAGAGCGCGUAAUUGGGUCGCUGGAGGCGAAGGGGGGUGCUGGGCAGAAGUUCACAGGGGAGACUGUGGCGCGCCUGCUCCCUCUUCUCGUUCACUUUGUGAACAGUGACUUCCCACUAAACGCCGAGCGCCACAUACAACAAGUCAUGCUGGACCUUCUGCUGGACGGCGCGUUCGCCUCCGCCGUCCACUUCUUUCGUCUGCAUGCCGAUGCUGCCCUCGACCGAUUCACUCAAGCCACCCGCGCUGCUGCUGCCAGCGCUGCUGCCGGUGCUAGUGAUAGGAGUGGGUUUCCUGCAGCUGCUGCUGCUUCUGCUGCAGACAUGGGUGGGACAGUUGAAGAGAGAGAAAAUUUUGCUGCUCCAAGCACUGCCAUUGAAUGGGACACGAGCGACCGUGCAUGGGACCUGAGCAGUGCUGCAGAGCCUGCUGCAGCUGUGGCAGAGGAAGCAGCUCGCACACCCGCCGCUGCUGCAGCACUGGCAUCCCCCACUCCAGCGUCUCGGCUGCUGUCAGCCACAUUCACAGCGGAGCGCAUGGAGCAAGUCCUUUCCAAGGCAGAGCAAGAUGCGCAGCACUACUGCAUGGCGCGCAGUGUGGGCGUGCCAGCAGACCGCUCCACCAUGACGUGUGGAGUGAGGCUCUUUGCCAAGCUCGACCACAUCAAGCCGCACUACAGCCUACGUCUCCCCCUCCUGCUCUUCUGGUCUGGUCCCUUUCAGGUCCACCAACGUCCAGCAACGAGCACAAUGCGCAUAUGGUCUAGCAAUGAGCACAACGUGCACGUGGCGCUGGCAGCACUGGCAGACGAGUUGCAGCAGGCAGCACACGCGGCUGUCGCUGCCAUACCCCUCCCACAGAGGGAGCAGCUGCUGGAGCAGCAGUGCGAGGCCGUUCACAUGGCAGCUGUUGACAGCGUGGGCGACCACAGCAGCAGCCCCACUCUUCUCCAUGGAGAUCCCUUCCCGCACCCAACCCCUCCCCCCUUCCCGCCCCUCCCCAUUCUUCACCCAACUUUCACCGAACGUUCUCAGGUUCACAGGCACUCUGGGCAAUCACAGCAGCAGGUCUCCGUCUGGCUCUCGUGGUUCCACAUUCUUCCCUUAAUUCCCUCACUCCCGUCUUACCCCCCCGCUUUCACCACGUGCCUCCGCAGGUUCACGGGCACUCUGGGCGACCACAGCAGCAGCCCCACUUUUCUCCAUGGUUCCCUUCCCGCACCCAACCCCUCUUCCCGCCCCCUCCCCUUUCGUCAACCCCUUUCACCGAACGUCCGCAGGUUCACGGGCACUCUGGGCGACCACAGCAGCAGCCCCUUGGCCCCCGUGGUUCGCUCCCGCCUCGAUGCUGACGUCAGCAGCCACUGCUCCGCCGCCACGUCAGCAAACGACCGGCUGAUCGCCGCCCUGCUGGGCAAGGGGAGGGUGGCGUACCACCGCACGUACCAUGACACGUUCCGGGCGGCAUUCUUGUCCUAUGCUGCCGCCCAUGCUCAUGCUCACGCCAAAACUCCUGAUGCCAACGCUGCUGAUGCUUCCCUUUCUGCUGCUGGUGCUGGUGACGCUGCCACUGCAGCUGCCACUGGUGCCAUCACCAGCAACAACAACCCAAGCACGUUCCCUUCCCCUACCGACGACCCGCACCUCUUCUCCCACGCCCUCUUCGCCCUCCUCCCCUCCUCCACGCCCCCUCCCCCCCCUCGAUGGCUCCUCUCCCUCCACGCCAACGCCUCCCUCCUCGCUCAGGAUGCCUUCUCUGCAGCCAUCGCCCAGGGGGGGCUGGCGUGGGUGGUGCCCGGGCACGAGAAGUUUGAUUUCUUUCUGUUCCAGGCAAUGCAGUGGGGCAAGCAGCGCGAGAGGGGGUUGGGGGAGGAGAAUGCGCGGAGAGUGCGGGGGUACUGUGGGGAGAUGAAGGGGAGGCUGGUGGGGGAGUAUCGGCGGAGCGUGGGUGAGAUACACCCAUUGCCAGAUAACGAGGAGGUGGUGGUGGCCAAGACGUCUCAAAAGUCGUCUACCUGCCCACCUGGCUUUCACCCCUUGUUGCCCUUCCAGGCUCGCCAUCUAGCCGCACUGGUUCUCGCCAAUUACAGCACGGCAGUGCAGCCUUACCUGCCAUCAGCUUCAGUGGAGGAGGUUCGGGUGCAAAUGCAGGCUCGAGUGGAGGAGGCUCGGCAGCGGCUGGUGGAUCGGAACACGGAGCUCAUGACAGCGCUGUGCUUCGAGCCUCUGAGGGACGCCCGGGACGAACUGAACAUGCAGGUUCGGAUGAGGGAGGGAUUGCAGAGAAGUGGGGUUUAUGUGAGGAAGAGGGGGGAGAGGAGGCCCGGCCCGAGCCUCUACUUCGGCUUCCGAGCCUCCGCCUUUGCCGUGGCACUCAAGCACCUAGCCAAGGCCCAGCUUCGGUUCAAAUCCGGAGCUGCCUCCACCACCCCCUCCACUUCCACCCCUCCUCCUUCUGCUGCUGCUGCUAUGGGUAACACUGCAAGAGACUCCCCCUCCCAGGGGGAGGUAGGGAAGUUGGAGGAAGGGAAGGGGGAGGUAGAACUGGUGGAGGUGGAACUGAGCGAGGCAACGAAGCACAGGGCGAGACAUGGGACACGGUCGCAUGGGAAUGGGGCAACGGGGCGUGCAGGUGGGGCUGAUGCAGCAGCAGGGGCAGCUGCAGCCAAGGCAGAUUCAGCAGCGACAGUUGGUGGUGAGUCCGCAGGAGCAGUGGCAAGGUUGCUGGCAUGGCUGGCAUCUGGCAGGAGGGGGGCUGAGAGGCAGAGUGGUGGAGAGGGGCAUGAGCAUGGGGACAUGGCGCAUGGUGGAUUACCCAGCAGGUUUGCAGGCUUAGGCUCGACGAGAAAUGGCGGGAUGGGGACUACUCGGGUGAGAGGAGGCGUGAUGGGGAGUGAGAUGGCAACCAAUGACGGGGCGGCGAAUGGCCUCGUGGCCAAUGGUGUGAUGAACAAUGAGGCGAUGGCGAAUAGAUGGCAUGAAAUGGAGGCGGCGCUUGGGCCUGGGCAUGGUGUUUUGGCGGUGCAUGGAAAGGGGGCGGCACAGCAAGGUGGUUGGGCGGCACAGGACGGCGCAGCUAUCAUUGCCAAGCGAAGGAGUAGCUCCAGCAGUGGUGGUACUGCUAGCGGCGCUGAUGGGGAUGGCGAUACCGAUGGUGGUGGUGGUGACAGAGACAGGAUGGGGCAGGCAGCAAGAACGGUGCUGGCAGCGUUGUCAGCAAGAAGAGGAGGAGCAGGAGGAGGGUCAGCAUCAUCAGCUCUCAGAACCCUUCAAGACCGGAUAAGCAGGCAACAAGAGGGGCUUGGUGUGGACCAUUCAACCAAUACAAGCACCAGAGGGAACAAUGGUACCAGCGACGGCACACCUGCCCAUCCAACAACUCCUACAGGCAAAGCGGUGCCUCCCCCUGCUGCUGCCAGCUUCCCCAACAGUGCUACCAGCAGUCCAGGCAGCGUGGGCGGCAGUGGAGGGAAGGCCAGUGGCGCGUACUACCGGGCGGCUGAUGGGCAGUGGCGGCGGUUCAAGUCUGUCACAAGCCGUACGAUCCGGAUCUUCGAGCUCGAGGACGCGCGCGAUUCGGAGACGGGGAAAUCCGUGACGGGUGCGUGGGUGUGGGACGCGUCUCUGGUCUUCGCCGCGUGGCUCGGCGCGCACGGAAAGGCGUGGCCGGAAGGGUCAUGUAAAGACCUAAGGGUGCUGGAGCUGGGAGCGGGUUUAGGAGUCGUCGGGCUCGCCGCGGCGGCUUUAGGAGCGCGCGUGCUCCUGACGGACCGCGAUAUCAGGUGUAUGCGCGGGAUCAGGCGGAACAUUGCGGAAAACGCGCUCGAGGGGAGGGCGUUUGCGGCGCAGCUGGAAUGGGGGGAGGUCUUGCCGAGGCAGGUGCAUCUGGGGGAGGAGUUACCUAGGAGGGCGGAUUCUGGGGAGGAUGCGCAUAGGCGGACAUCUGGCAGUGCGGAAUUGGCGGAGACGGAUGGGGAGUUCAAGCCCUCUCAGCCCUCUCCAUAUUUUCCACUCGUGUCAAAUUUUCUUUUCAACUUCUCUUUUCCUGCCGGCUCCCCACCUUCAACUCAUAGCCGCUCCUCCCUCCCCUUAACCGCUCCUCCCGCUUCUCCCUUCCCCUUCCCCCUCCGACCUGCGCCCCCCCAAACUCUCCACCCCCCUCCCUCCCCCCGUCAGAUAUUCAUAGCAGUGGAGCUGCGCCCGUCCACGCCCCAGUGUUUCCAAGCCAUGGCAGCGCAGGGCCUCACGUGGAGGGCCGUGGAGCAGAGCGAUCUGGACCCCCGCUG